CACCGUGCAGCCCUCCCCCAUCUCCAGUAUAAAAAAACCCCACAUGUCCAGAUCUGUCCUUUUUUGCCUCUGUUAAAAUCAGGGACCCCUUGAUUGUCGCUGGACUUAAGCCGGAAAGUCAAAAUGGGAAAGGAAAAAAUCCACAUUAACAUCGUGGUCAUUGGCCAUGUGGAUUCCGGCAAGUCCACAACUACCGGCCACCUGAUCUACAAGUGCGGAGGAAUCGACAAGAGAACCAUCGAGAAGUUUGAGAAGGAAGCUGCUGAGAUGGGUAAGGGCUCCUUCAAGUACGCCUGGGUGUUGGACAAACUGAAGGCUGAGCGUGAGCGUGGUAUCACCAUCGACAUCGCUCUGUGGAAGUUUGAGACCAGCAAGUACUAUGUGACCAUCAUUGAUGCCCCUGGACACAGAGACUUCAUCAAGAACAUGAUCACUGGAACCUCCCAGGCUGACUGUGCUGUGCUGAUCGUCGCUGCUGGCGUUGGUGAGUUUGAGGCUGGUAUCUCCAAGAACGGGCAGACCCGUGAGCACGCCCUGCUGGCCUUCACCCUUGGAGUGAAGCAGCUCAUCGUUGGCGUCAACAAGAUGGACUCCACUGAGCCCCCUUACAGCCAGGCCCGUUUUGAGGAAAUCCAAAAGGAAGUGAGCGCCUACAUCAAGAAGAUCGGCUACAACCCAGCCACCGUGGCUUUUGUCCCCAUCUCUGGAUGGCACGGAGACAACAUGCUGGAGGCCAGCGACAAGAUGAGCUGGUUCAAGGGCUGGAAGAUUGAGCGUAAGGAGGGAGGAGCAACAGGUGUUACACUCCUGGAGGCUUUGGACUCCAUUCUGCCGCCCAGUCGCCCCACUGACAAACCCCUGCGUCUGCCCCUGCAGGACGUCUACAAAAUUGGCGGUAUUGGAACUGUCCCUGUCGGCCGUGUUGAGACCGGAAUCUUGAAGCCUGGCAUGGUUGUCACCUUCGCUCCCCCCAACCUGACCACUGAGGUGAAGUCGGUGGAGAUGCACCACGAGUCUCUUACCGAGGCUCUUCCCGGUGACAACGUUGGCUUCAACAUCAAGAACGUUUCCGUCAAGGAAAUCCGUCGUGGAAACGUGGCUGGCGACAGCAAGAACGACCCACCGCUGGCGGCUGAAAACUUCACCGCUCAGGUCAUCAUCCUGAACCACCCCGGUCAGAUCGCUCAGGGUUACGCUCCUGUGCUUGACUGCCACACCGCUCACAUCGCCUGCAAGUUCAGCGAGCUCAAGGAGAAGAUCGACCGCCGUUCUGGCAAGAAGCUGGAAGACAACCCCAAAGCUCUGAAGUCUGGAGACGCCGCCAUCAUCACCAUGGUGCCUGGAAAACCCAUGUGUGUUGAGAGCUUCUCCCAGUAUCCUCCUCUGGGCCGCUUCGCCGUGCGUGACAUGAGGCAGACGGUGGCCGUCGGGGUCAUCAAGAAUGUGGAGAAGAAGGCGCCCUCCGGCGGGAAGGUCACCAAGUCUGCACAGAAGGCCGAGAAGAAGAAAUGAAUUGGCGUGCAGGACAUCCAACAAAAAGUCACGUCUCAGCAGCAGAGGGCCACGCCGGGCCCCUCUCCCCCUCGCCACAGCUCUCUACUCAAGGACUGGCUAAUGCUCAUUAAGGCCCACCGCAAAAGUUUCCGCAGGAAAGGAGGGUUUGUGCCUUUAUUAAGAAGCUGUGAUCUCAACUAAGUUCAAAACAUGACAAUAAAAAUCGCGUACAUUGCCCAAGGAAAA